CAAUUCCCUCUCUCCCUUCUUUAUACUUCUCUUCCAUACUACGGCGCCCGCCAGCCCCGUUCUCUUCACAUGCCAACCACACAAACCUACCUCCCUACCUGACGAAGAGCACGGUGGGCAUCGCUUAGGCACCUACCUGUAGCCCAAGUCAUGGCAGACAAAGGCAUACAGGACACAGAUGAGGCCCUCUCCUCGAGCUUGGACGACCUCUUCGGAGACCCGGCCGAGUUUCUCGACGACGAAGACUGCCCUGGGGCAUACGAUGACGACGACGACGCCAACCCUGAUGAUAACGCCAAUGCCAACGCCAACACCGAAAACGCCGUGAUCCCGCCCCCAGACGACAACGACGACCUAGCCUACGGCCUGCGCUGGGUCAACGAGGGCGGCAACAUCUUCUCGCCGAAGCCCGAGUGGACGGUGGAGCCAGCUCUCGCCGCCGUCGCCGCGACCAUGGAGCGCGCCCUGGGGGGGCCGGUCCGCGUGCGGCCGCUCCACGACGGCGCCUUCAACAAGCUGUACGCGGUGCGGCACGGGGCCGAGGACUUCGUGCUGCGGGUGUCGCUGCCGGUGGCGGGCGCGGGCGGGCGCAAGACGGCCGCGGAGGUGGGCGCGCUGCGCUGGGUGCGCGAGCACACGCGGCUGGCGGUGCCGCGGGUGCGUGCGUACUCGCGCGGCGGCGGCGGUGAGGCGGGCCCGCUCCCGUUCGAGUGGGUGCUGGCGGGGCGGGUGCCGGGGGCGGCGCUGGGCGCGUGCUGGGACGCGGUGACGCUGGACGCGAAGCGGCGCGUCGUGGCGCAGCUGGCGGAGUUCGCGGCGGCGGCGUUCGCGCAGCCGUUCGCCGGCGUCGGCAGCCUGUACUACGACGACGACGGCGAUGGCGAGGCCGCCGCGCCGCGCGGCGAGCGCGCCGCGCUGCGCCGCUACGCCGCGCCCUUCCGCACCGCCGGCCAGUGGACCCGCCGCCGCCUGCGGCUCGUCGCCGCCGACCUGCGCCAGCGCUGGCUCGAGGCGCCCAACGCCGCGCAGCGCGAUACCGCGCGGCGCAUGCUGGCGCUGGUCGAGCGCCUCCGCGGGCUCGAAGACGAGUUCUUCCCCACGCCCCAUCUCCUCGCGAGUCCGUGCGGCGGCGGCGGCAGCGAUCUGGAGCCGUCGACGGACGAGGACGUCGCCGGCAAGGCGGGAGAGAAGCGCCGCGCGCCGAAGCCCCGCGAGCCGACCGUGCUCUGGCACGACGACCUCUCGCUCGACAACAUCUUCGUCGACGACGUGGGCGUGCUGCGCGGCGUCAUCGGCUGGGAGUGCGUGUCCUGCCUGCCCCUGUACGAAGCCUGCCGGCUGCCGGCAUUCCUGCAGCAGGCGCGCGGGCGGCCGGUCGCGCCGCUGCGCGUGCUGCCGUACGCGUCACCCGAGGGCGACACCGGCAACGACCGGCGGCAGCGCCGGUACGACGAGGCCCUUCGCCAGCACCACAUAUACCUCCUACGACGACUAUUCCUCCACGAGAUGGCCGAGCGCUGCCCCGCGUGGGUAGAGGUGUACCGGCGCUGCGGUUACCUGCGUGACUACGAGGCCGCGGUGCAGAACUGCGACAACGAGUUCGCGUACCGCCAGGUUGAGCGUUGGGUUGACGCCGUCGAGGGCGGCGAGGACGUGGAGUGGGUCGAGGGGACUUUCCACGAGCAGUUCUUGCAGUGAUGGGAUUUUGCCGAGGAUUUGUUUAGCACUGCCCGUCGGGAAGAGGCGGCGUCGAGUCGUGUAGCCUCGGCUUCUCUAGACUGGGAGGGGAUGAAAAGAUACCUACCUAAUAUUCAAGGCACAC